CCCACCCGCUCGGCUGGAGCCCCGGCGGGCCGGCGGCGGCGGGCGCACUCCGCUCGCGGCGCUGGGAGCAGCCUGCCAUGGCCGGCGUGCGGGAGAAGGCGGCAGCUUUGAAUCUCUGCGCUGUGUACAGCCCGGCUAACAAGCCCCCGGGUUUCAGCUUAGCACAAAAGCCAUUUGGAGCAACAUACGUAUGGAGCAGCAUCAUCAAUGCGCUUCAGACUCAAGUGGAAGUGAAAAAGCGGCGACAGAACCUGAAAUGCUAUAAUAACUGUUUUAUUGGCUCUGAUGCAGUGGAUGUCAUCUUUGCUCACCUCCUCCAGAACAAAUAUUUCGGGGAUGUAGAUAUUUCCCGUGCUAAAGUAGUGCGAGUGUGUCAAGCACUGAUGGAUUACAAAGUGUUUGAGGCAGUUUCAACUAGAGUCUUUGGAAAAGACAAACGGUCUGGGUUUGAAGAUAGUAGCUGCAGCCUCUAUAGAUUGACAAAUGUACCUAGCCCAGAAGACGGUCCAUUUGAAAAAGAAUACGGGCACUGUACCCCUCAAAGACUUGAGAAAAUGGCAUUUAAUCCUCCUCCAGUCAAAUCAGAAAGCUUAGAAGAUCUCUGGGAAAACUUGAGUCUAAAACCUGCUAAUGCUCCCGAAGUAAACCUCUCUGCAAGUUUGUCUCGUCAAGUUAUUAAUGAAGUAUGGCAAGAACAAACAAUUGCUCGUCUGCUGCAGCUUGUGGACCUUCCACUUCUUGACUCUUUACUUGAACAUCAAGGGGUUAGGUCCAAGCUUCCCCAACCCAAGAAGGAGGCGGGAUACAUCAUCACAAGCAACUACAUAGACAGAGAAAUUCUCAAGGCUUUCAGUGACUCUCAGACAGAUGAAUGGCUCUCUGCAGCAAUAGAUUGCUUGGAGUAUCUUCCAGAUCAAAUGGUGGUGGAUAUAAGCAGAAAUUUGCCUAGUCAACCUGAUAAAGCAGACACAUGGAAACUACUGCUGUUUGAUACCAUUGGUAGAUGUUACAGCCAAAAGAAGGAGCCACUGUUAAGCCAUGCAUCUGACAUCCACACAGGAAUUGCAGAGCUGUUGGUGAAUGGAAAAACAGAACAGGCUUUAGAAGCAAUUCAGCUCUACUUGAAGCUUUUGGAUAGUCAAACUAGAGAGGAGUUUAGGAGGCUGUUGUACUUCAUGGCUAUUGCAGCACAUCAUUCUGAGUUCAAGUUGCAGAAAGAGAGUGAAAACAGGAUGGUUGUAAAAAGAACAUUCUCUAAAGCUAUUGUCAACAAUAAAACUUUAUCCAAAGGAAAAACUGACCUCCUAAUUUUAUUCUUGGUGGACCAGCAAAAAGACGUUUUAAAGAUCCCAGGAACAUUACAUAAAAUGGUUAGUGAUAAGCUGAUGGCUGUACAACAAGGACAAGAUCCUAGUAAGGAUACAGGCUACACCUUCUGCCAGAAACUUGAUCAAAGUGAAUAUCACUACAGUGUACAGAAGACCACAAAAGCUGAGCUGUUAACUUUGCUCAAAACUAUUGAUGAAGACACAAAAAUCUCUGCCAAGGAGAGAAAGAAACUGCUAGGUCAAUUUCAUAGUAGCAAUCCAACUAUCUUCAUGCAAUAUUUUGGUGAUAGAGUUACUAAUAUGUGUGUGUAAUUUAAAAUUAAAGAAAUGUAAUCUGUACAAUAGUUUUCAGAACAUUAAUAUGUCUUUUACAAAGAUUUUGUAUUCAUCCACAUAAUAAAAUUAUUUUGAAGAUGAAUGGAAUUUACAAGUAAUCAAAUUAAAAACUAUAAUCUUGGGCUUCAGCUGCUUUUAUAAAGCAACGUGUGUUUAUGGAACAGUUUGAGUGCUCAUCUUAAAUUUUUGUUGCUAUAUUGCCAAAACAAGCCUGUCUGAUGGCAGAGAAAUCUGAAACCAAGAAUCCCAACUCAUGUAUUAUUUUUAAUAUUACUUUCUUCAAACAUGGAAGUAAAGUCCUGUGACAAUGGUAAGCGAGUCACUUAGCAAAAGUAUUUGCUUUUGGCUGUCUGGGACUGGUUCUGAGGUUGGUUUGUUUUUUUGUUUUUCCUCCUCCAGCAAUUUUUAGAAUCUUGAAUCUUAGCCUAAUCUAACUUCCCUUGUAAGACAUAGUUCAAGGUAACAUAUCUUUCCUUUUUUUAAUCAAUGCAGUACCGUAGUAGUCUAGAAAAUUGUGUAAACUCUUGUUUGGUAUUCCACAACCUGUAUCAAACUGCUAAUUGAACUGUCGUCAUGUUAAGAUGACUCGUUGUGCCAAUUUAAGCUUAAUGGGGAAAAUGACUUGAUCAUUAAGGGCCUGAUACUUCUGUGUACACUCAGCUCCACUGACUUUAAUGGUUUUAGAGUUUCCUGUAGAAAAGAUUAUAUUUAGUUGUACCUGGAUAUCAACUGAUUUAACAGAAAAGCCAGCCUAUAAGUGCUUCAGUGAAUCUUGGUUACUGCAAAAUAAUGGUCAGUGGUGGGGUGCUCUUAGUAUGAACCAUCUAGCUACAGUUAGUGAUUUGGAACAAACACAAGGAUUUUGAGUUCUAUAAUGUGGACAUGUGAUUUGUCCACAUAAUCCACAGUGAAACCCUGGAGGCUGCUAUGUAUCUUCCUAUUGUGCUCUUAAAGAUUAGAGAGGGAGCAUAGUCAUCAGUCUCCUCAAUGACUUGGAGCCAACUUUGCCCUUACUUGG